AUGGAUUUUCCUCGGGGUCUGCCCGACAACCCAGCCCACGCCCGCCGCGCUGUAGAGGCUGCUGCUCGCGCAAAUCCCGUUCCACCACCACCAGUUCCGAGCAUCAAAGAUGUGCCGUCAAAUACCAACCUCUCGGCCUCGGGGCCCAUCUCAUCGAGCCAGGUGCUCGCCCUCGCGAGGGAGGCCAUGCGGGCCGCUCACGAAAACGAAGCGAAAGCGGCAGCCGCCAGCGGAGUUAGCAACACGCUGCCAAAACCAGGCCUCACCAUUGAUCUGAGCAGGAAGAAGAUUGCAAAGUUGCCAGAGGAAAUCGUCGACAUAAUAAAGGACGAACUAGAGCGACUUGCCCUAUCACACAACUACUUGGAAACCAUCCCAUCACGUCUGCCAGAAUGCACAUCAUUGCGGUAUCUCAACGUCCGACAGAACCAGAUCAAAGAAUUUCCCCUUGCGCUCUGCGACCUAAAAUCCCUGGAGAUUCUCGAUCUGGGCCGAAAUCAGUUGCAAACUCUGCCGCCAGAAAUCAUCAAGCUGUCGUCCCUCAAGGUCUUCUCGAUUCACAAGAACCAAAUCACGAAGCUGCCGCUGUGUCUUGCCGAAAUGCCGUCACUGUCGGUCAUCAAACUUGAGGGCAACCCCCUGGAGUUUCCGCCCCGGGAGGUCUGGGAUAGUGGCGGAGAUAACGCUGGAGCGGCCAAGGAGAGUGACAUGACCGAGGUGGCCCUGACGACACGCAUCAAGAAGUUUCUCAAGCUCACGGCUUCAAGUAUGAAUGGGCGUGGUGAUUCCGAUUCGGUGGGAGACGAUGCGGAAGGAACCGAAACACCGCGGCCAACAAUCAAGCGAGUAUUCAGUGGUCGAUUCCCCGUCCGGGUCAACGGCAGCGAUAUGCCCGAUCUUCGAUCACCGGCUCUUACUCGCCCUCCACCAAUUCCCUCGCGCUCACACUAUCGUGGACUCUCUCAGCAAAAUGGAGCACAGCGGAGACCUGGAGUCAUGCCGCUGACCAUCGGUAACCCAAACGAACGGGUGCGCAGCAAUUCAGAGACGAUUGUGCAAACCUCAAGCAGGGAGCGGUCCGAAAGCAGGUCACGGCGGAUGGGCAUUGUGUCAAAGCGGUCAGAGCUCAGCACUUUGGAGGAAAUCGAGGGUACAAACCGGUUCAGCCAUUACCGCGGGCUCAGUCAUGGAUCCGCCAUGCAAGGGAACGGGACCGUCAUGCAGGUGCAGAGUCCAAACGUCACAAGCCCGGCCGAACCGGCACUGCAACGGCCCGUUUACGUGCGCAGGCUGUCUAUCCUGCCAGAGAGGAGACGGGAGUCCAAGGUGUUUGAUCCGGUGCUGGAAGCUUCCAAGGGCAUUUUGUAUUCCAUCUUCCAGAUCCAUCCGAUGAUCCAAAUGUUGAUCGGUCUGACCAACGACGGAACCUCGCGCCGGUCCAACUCUUUGGAGAUUGUCUUUUACAACACCAACGCCCAUGUGGAACAGCUGGAGCUGGAGAUUCAGAAGCAUGACCAGGCGAUGGAUGCUGGGGGUUCGAGGGAAAACGAAAACGUGCAAAGGGCAUGCAUCACGCUGAUCAAUGCCUACACGCACGUCUGCUCGCUGUUGAUGAGCAACGUCGACCUUUUUCUGGACAAUGGCGACCCGCGGUACAUUCGGACUCUGUUGACGCAGCUCUAUAAUAGCAUAAUGGAGCUGCGUGUGACAUGCUCACAGGUCGCUCCGCGGUCUCUGCCGCCGCAUAUGCGAACGGACCCGGGCGAAACCCUCCGCCCUCACUCGCGGGAGAAUUCUUUUGUUCCUCCCACGGCCGACCGCCCGGCUAUGAUCAACAACAGGUCGCGGAACGGGACAUUUGUCCACCACCCGAGCAGCCUCCGGGUGACCACCGAUGUUCCUCUGGGGCCAUUUGUCAAUGGCUCCAGCAGGACAGCCAUUAUGAGCGCUGCCACACCCCGCUCAGGGGAGUCGUUUGCUUCCAACAGCACGUCAGGUGUCCGAAACCUGUCGGCUGACUUUACCGAGGAGGACCGCGUCUUUGAACGGAUUUUCCUCUCAUUAACCAAAACGGCGGAUCUAGUCAUGCGGAUACUACCCCAACUAAGCCAGCAGCUUUCGUCGUCGAUGAGACUGGCAAUGGCGCAGCGAGCCCCCGAGCACGUUGUGCAGCCCUGGAAGAUGUUGAUCCACCGGUGUACAGUCUCGAUUCAGCAAACAGAGAGUUUGAAGCAGAAGCUGUCGACGAUCAAGCUUAAGGAGCCAGGGAUCAGGACACAGGCGCCGUUUUGGGGCCUGUGCAGCAGUUUCAUUGAUUCCUGGUACAUGCUGGUCACAAAGAUCAAGCAACUUCAAAGCGAGGUUCAACUGCCAAUAGACACCAGGUCGAGGUUGCGACCGGUUCAUCAGAGCAUGAAGGAAACAUGUGACCUAAUACACUCGAGUCCUUGGGCAUACUUUACACGACAAGGGCAUCAUCAUGGGCACCAUGGCCAUCACGGAAACCAUGGGCAUGGGCCUAAUCAUGGGUCGGAGAAUUUGAGUCCUUACAACUUGCAACCAUUGCCGAUGACGCCGCAGAGUGCCGCCUUGGGUCCGGCAGUCCAGGCGACUGUGCCUUCCACCCCACAGAGCGCUUCGUUUGCGGCGGCGUUCCAGGGCAAUGUAUUUGAACGAGCGGAUACCUUGCUCUCCAUGGGAGGGCUAGGCAUGUCGAGGCACGGGACUAUGAACUCCACCUCGACAACAGCGAGUCUCACCACGGCGGGCAGCAUGCACUCUGUGAACUCGAGCCAGGAUAUUCCGACUCCGAGCUCGGCCCUAAGCCCAAUGCCUUGGCCAGGACAUGGGCACUCGCAAGGGAGCUUGAGUGUGCUACCGUUGCGACUCCCAGCAGGAGGUAGCAAUGGGAAAAUGAAUGGAUUUUGA